GAGUUUCCCCCGCUUUCCCCCCGUAACAUUUGUUUUUGUUUGCAGCAUUUUGUGUGUGCCAAGUGUGAGAAACCUUUCCUCGGUCAUCGCCAUUAUGAGAGAAAGGGGUUGGCUUACUGUGAGACUCAUUAUAACCAGCUCUUCGGCGAUGUGUGCUAUCACUGCAACCGCGUGAUUGAAGGCGAUGUUGUGUCUGCUCUCAACAAGGCCUGGUGUGUCAGUUGUUUCUCAUGCUCCACCUGCAACACAAAACUCACUCUCAAAGAUAAGUUUGUUGAAAUUGACCUGAGGCCAGUGUGCAAGCACUGCUAUGAGCGCAUGCCUGAGGAGCUGAAACGCCGCCUGGCUCGACGUGAGCGUGAUGCCAAAGACCGCAAGAAAAAACCUGCUGUGUGUCUGUAGAGUAAUUAUUCUUUACAACUCACCACUCCAACGAUUGGUUGGUGCUAUCUCUGCCUUCCUCUUUUUCUGUGGUGUUGCCUGCUUACUAUUCUGAUAGUAUUGCAUGAUAUCAUUAUUUCUCAUUUAUUUUCUGAAGUAAAACCAAGACUCUGCAGUUGUUUUGUGUUAAGGUAUUUGUGCAAAACCUCUUAAGUAUACAUGUAUAUUAAACAUGAGUUUGGCUCAAUUCAUGUGCAUGAGAAUCUUAAACUUUUUUUUUGUUACUUCUUAAAGGUAUGGUCAUAAUGCUAGUAUAGUUUAAUGUGAGGAGAUGGUGACUUUAAAUUAAUUUUAAUAUGUAGUGACAAUAAUAUUUAGAUAAAAAUUAUGCAGGUGGGAUGGAAAUCUGAAAAGGUUAAUGUAAGCAAGAGACAAAUCAUUAGAUUACAUAUUUAGUAUUCACAUGGUCUGUCUUUCCUUCUUUGCAGAAAUAAGUUUGUUGAGUUUGACAUGAAGCCUGUCUGUAAAAAGUGUUAUGAGAAGUUUCCUCUGGAGCUCAAGAAAAGGCUCAAGAAGCUGGCCGAGUUCUUGGGACGCAAGUGAG